CAGAGGGCCUGGCAGUUAGAGGGGAUUACGGCGCUGGGAACGAUGGUGAGAGAGGUUACAUCUUCGCAAUUGAAUCCCAGGCUAACGCUCGGGGGCUCAACCCCCAGACCUCCAGAAAUGACGUCAGAAUCAUUUGCAUCCCGCUGCCUCUACCUGCCUGGUCCAGCUGGGACCCUGCCUCGCCGGCCCCAUGGCCAGAGGGUUGGUCCUCAUUCAACUUCCUCUUCCUGCGAAAGAGGGGCGCUGCCCGGUGACCUACACAGACUGAGACACGAUCGCCAUGAAUGGAGACCUCUGGAAAAGCUCAGGAGCCGAGGCCCACGGGGCCCAGCAGAGGCCUGAGGGGAGACCCUGGGCGAGGGCUGAAUCGCUGCCUCCCGACAGCCCCCCAAUGCCCAGGCUUUGGAGGGGAGCCGGGAGCUUUCCAUCUCCUUUUGCAGGGGAGGGUUGUCAGUCUGACGGGAUGUGCACUGGGUGCACCCCAGCCCCUGCCAGCUAACCCCACAUCACCACCCACCCCCCAGCACCACCACCACUACACACACAAAAAAAUUGGAUACAUUUUGAAUAAAGCGAUUCGGUUCCUUAUCCGGGGACUGGGUUGCUCCGUGUGAUUGGCCGGCGGAGUCACAUGGUGAAAGUAACUUUACAGGGUCGCUAGCUAGUAGGAGGGCUUUAUGGAGCAGAAAAACGACAAAGCGAGAAAAAUUAUUUUCCACUCCAGAAAUUAAUGAUCAUGAGCUCGUAUUUGAUGGACUCUAACUACAUCGAUCCGAAAUUUCCUCCAUGCGAAGAAUAUUCGCAAAAUAGCUACAUCCCUGAACACAGUCCGGAAUAUUACGGCCGGACCAGGGAAUCGGGAUUCCAGCAUCACCACCAGGAGCUGUACCCACCACCGCCUCCGCGCCCUAGCUACCCUGAGCGCCAGUAUAGCUGCACCAGUCUCCAGGGGCCAGGCAAUUCGCGAGGCCACGGGCCGGCCCAGGCGGGCCACCACCACCCCGAGAAAUCACAGUCUCUCUGCGAGCCGGCGCCUCUCUCAGGCGCCUCCGCCUCCCCGUCCCCAGCCCCGCCAGCCUGCAGCCAGCCAGCCCCCGACCAUCCCUCCAGCGCCGCCAGCAAGCAACCCAUAGUCUACCCAUGGAUGAAAAAAAUUCACGUUAGCACGGUGAACCCCAAUUAUAACGGAGGGGAGCCCAAGCGCUCGAGGACAGCCUACACUCGGCAGCAAGUCCUGGAAUUAGAGAAAGAGUUUCAUUACAACCGCUACCUGACCCGAAGGAGAAGGAUCGAGAUCGCCCACUCGCUGUGCCUCUCUGAGAGGCAGAUCAAGAUCUGGUUCCAAAACCGUCGCAUGAAAUGGAAGAAGGACCACCGACUCCCCAACACCAAAGUCAGGUCAGCGCCCCCGACCGGCGCUGCGCCCAGCACCCUCUCGGCAGCUACCCCGGGCACUUCUGAAGACCACUCCCAGAGCGCCACGCCGCCGGAGCAGCAACGGGCAGAGGACAUUACCAGGUUAUAAAACAUAACUCACACCCCUGCCCCCACCCCGUGCCCACACCCUCCCCUCACACACAAAUUGACUCUUAUUUAUAGAAUUUAAUAUAUAUAUAUAUAUAUAUAUAUAUUGGUUCUUUCCUCUCUUCCUCUCACCUCGUUCCUUGUCAGUUCCAAACAGACAAAACAGAUAAACAAACAAGCCCCCUGCCCUCCUCUCCCUUCCACUGUUAAGGACCCUUUUAAGCAUGUGAUGUUGUCUUAGCAUGGUACCUGCUGGGUGUUUUUUUUUAAGGCCAUUUGGGGGGGUUAUUUAUUUUUUAAGAAAAAAAAGCUGCAAAAAUUAUAUAUUGCAAGGUGUGAUGGUCUGGUUUGGGUGGAUUUCAGGGGAAAUGAGGAAAAGAAAAAAGGAAAGAGAUUUUAAAGCCAGUUCUCCUCCUUCACCUCCUCCUCCUUCCCCUCUCUUUCCUUAGGCCUUUUGCAUUGAAAAUGCACCAGGGGAGGUUAGUGAGGGGGAAGUCAUUUUAAGGAGAACAAAGCUAUGAAGUUCUUUUGUAUUAUUGUGGGGGGGGGAGGAGAGGGGGUGAAGACAGCAGACAAAGCUAAAUGCAUCUGGAGAGCCUCUCAGAGCUGUUCAGUUUGAGGAGCCAAAAGAAAAUCGAAAUGAACUUUCAGUUCAGAGAGGCAGUCUAUAGGUAGAAUCUCUCCCCACCCCCAUCGUGGUUAUUGUGUUUUUGGACUGAAUUUACUUGAUUAUUGUAAAACUUGCAAUAAAGAAUUUUAGUGUCGAUGUGAAAUGCCCCGUGAUCAAUAAUAAACCAGUGGAUGUGAAUUAGUUUUA